AUGGUUCUAAUUUCGUCUAAAAGACUCAUUCAGAUCCAUGCUGUGCUUCUGAUCACCAUUGCCGGGUACCUGAUCAAAGACCCGGUGGUGAUCACUAACUCCAACAUCGUGUUCAUGAUGGGAGAGGCACUGGGUAUUGAUUUCCCUGUUAAUAAAUCCACCACACAAUCGCCUUACGUCUUUUGUUCUGUUCUGCUCUUCAGCGAAGCCCUCGUCGACAUUGUUCUCCUCUCCAGCCUGCCCUAUCGCAAUGCCUUGACCGAAGCUUUGCCUUAUAUCCGACCUCUACGCAAUGGAAAUCUUGCAUCGGAGGACCUCCAGAUUUUGGAUAAGUUGCCGGAGUACAUCACGAGGUCUCUGACCACAUACUGGAAUGUUUGGACCAGCGUUGCCGGGAUCAGAUCGUUCAUGUACGCCGCGCUUAGCAUAUUUAUCUAUUCGAGCAAGGGUGGAAAUGCUGCUGUCUCUUAUUCUGCCACCUCUGCGGUCUUCGGACUUGAUCAGUUGAAGACCCGCGUGGUCUUUACAUUUGGCUUUUUGGAAAUGAUGUUUUGGUUCUGGGGCUUCGCAAUCCUUCGCCAGGAGCGACAGGAGAGACUGACCGAUCUGUUGGAGGAUGCCACCAAGGACAGAUAA